AUGAAUAUAGCGUGUUGCCGCUGUGGGGCUGCUCAAAACGGUGGCGCCCACUGCCUCCGUGGGGCCGUGAGCCACUGUUUUUGUUGCCACAAGCCGCCGCCGAUGAAGUGCAUCCAUUGCGGCCAACUCGGCGACAUUCCACUCGAUCGAACCCACGGAACCUGCAUCGAUGGCAGUGCUCACUUCUACAUCUACUCGCAGCAGUGGCCCCCUUUUCCGUCCACCGAAGUGGAGGUGAUCCGCAGCAACCACGCCGUUUUGCCAGAGCCAGAAGACUCUGAAGGUCACAACCUGGUGAUCACGAGUCCCAGAACUCUGGCGCACGAGGAGCACAUCGAAGUGGUGGACGAUCCCGGCGAGGAAGGGACCGAAAAUGAUGAGGAAGUCGAGGUUCAGGUCGACAGGAAGCCUUCGCUGGUGCGCUGGGUGACCCCCAAAGAGAUCAGAUCGUGGAAACAGUGCCCGCGCUGUCGAAAGUAUCGCACCACCAGUGUUGGCUGGGUCAAGCAUGCCCAGAAAUGCGCCCAGGACCCCUCGUUCAAGCGACCCAUGUUCUUCAUCUACACGCACACGAAGGGAUGGUGCAACUACCUGGUGAGAGACGCCCACUGGGAGCGCCACAGCCACCCGGAGGUUGGCCUGGGCCAGUGCGUCAUCUGCUCCGCCUCGCGGCGGGAGGGAUUACCCAGGCCCUUCAUGCCGGAUCCUCCACCGCGGCCGAAUGAAGAGUACUUGGCGCGGGCAAGGCGCCGUCGCGCUGCCAUGAAAAGAAAGAUGGGCCCGGAAAGAAGGAGGAAUGUCCGGGUGGCCGGAGACAACCGCCCACCACAAAUGUCGGCAAACAGGUCCAGAAAUGCACCCAGUACACCACGUACCCCUAGGACUCCGAAUUUUGUAUCUACGCCCACGCGUGGGGAUGAUGCGACCAUUUGGUUGGGCACGCACAUUGGAAGAACCUCGGCCAUCCGUCUUCUGUCCAGAGAUUACAGGGAAUAGUCAGUACAACCAAGAAAGGAAUGCUGUCAUUUAAAGAAAGAUUGUGAGAGAAACGCCACAGAAGAUCGUUUUCUACAAUUUAAAAUGUGAGCUUUUUGUGCUUUGAUAAGGGUUUUUUCAUUCCCUCCUUUUUAUACAACACAUUUGUUUUUAAUUUUAAUAUAAAAUAACUAGAUAUAUCCAUACGUGCAAAAUAAUGUUGUAAACACUCAAUUAUAAGCAAAGUAUGAUUUCUGAUUCAUAAAUUAUAAUGUUGAAAAUUGUAUCUGACCAAGGUUAGCUUAUAAUCAAAUGUUUAUAAUACCAUGUUGGCUAUUUAUAGUUUUAAACGAAUCAAUCUGCUUAAAAAAAACAAUAUUAACGUCUUAUGCAUGCUAAGAAUUUUAUCAAAUUUUGUUAUACAUUCUCUAUAUCAACUUUAUUUCUUAAUGUAGAAUAUUGCUGGUACAAAAUAAAUUAAUGUUACCCCGACCAUUAA